CCCCGGGCAAAGCAAAGAACCAGGCUGAGAGCACUCAGGGGAGAGAAACGGGAACAAGGUGCUGUGUGUUAGAAGACCCUUAAGUUUUUCACAUCACCGGGAAAGUUGGUGAAAUCUCAGCGUCAAAUCUGGACUUUAAACGGACUGAAAAUCUGUAGAAACGGGGCGGAGUUUCGGGAGUUGACCAGAGUGUGGCUGAUAGUUUGCGGUUGACAGCAACCGGAAGCAUUCAGACUCAGAGGCAACUUCUUCCAUAAUUGUCACGGAGAUACUUUUCCUGUCUCUGAAGGGAAUAAAGAUACAGUACAGCAGGCGAGAGAUCCAGAUCCUAGGGUGUACGUGUGUGUAGAUGUGUGACAGCGGAGUGUGUGAGGACAAGCCCCCCGCCCCCCCUGUCAGGAUGAGCAGCCAAGGAGGAGGAGCCAAGGACACCCAGUCAGCCAAUCACAGCUCUCGGCCGCUGCCGUCUGUACCGGAGGAGAGGAAAUCCAGAAACAAGAUCAUUUCCAUGUUUGCCUCUGAGAAAGGAGGCAGGAAGAAGGACCGGGACAAGGACAGACCUGAGAUAUCCUCCCCGUCGGACUUUGAACACACCAUCCAUGUGGGUUUUGAUGCCGUCACUGGAGAGUUCACUGGCAUGCCGGAGCAGUGGGCCCGUCUCCUUCAAACCUCAAACAUCAGUAAAUCAGAACAGAAACAGAAUCCUCAGGCCGUCCUCGACAUUCUCAAGUUCUAUGACUCCACCAGUGGAAAACAGAAAUACCUCAGUUUUUCCGCCUCGGAUAAAGACUCACAGUCGCAGUGUAAGCAGGGUACAGUGACCUCCCCGUCAGGUGGCAAGGAUGGUGACGAUGAUGAUGAUGACGAUACGCCACCUCCAGUUGUGGCCCCACGGCCAGAACACACAAAAUCAGUGUACACGAGGUCGGUGAUAGAUCCACUCCCAGCUCCAGAGGGAGAUGCCGCCUCGAAGGCAGCUGACAAACAGAAAAAGAAGGGAGGCAAAAUGACUGAUGAGGAGAUCAUGGAGAAACUAAGAACUAUUGUCAGCAUUGGAGAUCCUAAGAAGAAAUACACUCGCUAUGAGAAGAUCGGCCAGGGGGCGUCUGGCACUGUUUACACAGCCAUAGACGUUGCCACAGGACAAGAGGUGGCCAUCAAACAAAUCAACUUGCAGAAGCAGCCAAAGAAAGAGCUGAUUAUCAACGAGAUCCUGGUUAUGAAGGAGCUGAAGAACCCCAACAUUGUCAAUUUCGUAGAUAGUUUCCUCGUAGGAGAUGAGCUUUUUGUGGUGAUGGAGUACCUGGCUGGUGGCUCCCUAACUGAUGUCGUGACGGAGACGUGCAUGGACGAGGCUCAGAUCGCCGCUGUGUGCAGAGAGGUCCUUCAGGCUCUGGAGUUUCUACACGCCAACCAGGUCAUCCACAGAGACAUCAAGAGUGACAACGUACUGCUGGGAAUGGACGGAUCGGUCAAGCUCACUGACUUCGGCUUCUGUGCCCAGAUCACUCCGGAGCAGAGCAAACGCAGCACCAUGGUGGGGACUCCAUACUGGAUGGCUCCAGAGGUGGUGACCAGGAAAGCCUACGGACCCAAAGUGGACAUUUGGUCUUUGGGGAUCAUGGCCAUAGAGAUGGUGGAGGGAGAGCCUCCAUAUCUCAACGAGAACCCUCUCAGGGCAUUGUAUUUAAUUGCCACCAAUGGGACUCCUGAGCUGCAGAGUCCAGAGAAGCUGUCCCCUGUCUUCAGAUCCUUUCUGUCCCGCUGUCUGGAGAUGGACGUGGAGAAACGAGGAUCAGGCAGAGAACUGCUGCAGCAUCCAUUCCUGAAGCUGGCCAAACCUCUGUCCAGCCUCACCCCGCUCAUCCUGGCAGCCAAGGAGGCCAUGAGGAGCAACCGCUAAAUCCCAGUCUCUAAAGACUUUAAGACCUAACGCCAAUGACAUCCAAACCAGCCAGCAUCUUCUACUGGUCUACGUAUGAUGGUCAUCAGACCUGCUAGUGUUUGUGUUUUUUCAAAAGGGUCAUAAAAUGCAUUUCCACUCAUCCCAGUGUUUCUGUACUGAAGCCAUAUUUAUCUUACCUUCGAGCCUCAGUUCAAAUCUGCAUAAGGCCAUAGUGUGUUCUCUAUUUGUUGCUGCAAACGCUGGUUAUUAUGCAUAUCUGGAAUGUGGGAUUAUUGUUGCACAGGUUCAAGACUUUUUACACACCAAGGCUCACAUUCACAAAGGAUCUUAUCUUACCACUGGGAGUCCCCCCUAAAGUCACUAAAAGCUCCUAUUGAGAGUUUCCUCUUAAGAGCAGUUCACAAAGCUCCUGAGAGUUGCUUUUACAGAGGAAAUGAGGAACUCCUUAGAGGAAGAGAAGGGACAGGGGGGGCUAUGGUAUGCUAUGGAUGACAUCAAUGCUGUGUCUCAACUCCAUACUACAUACUAAUUAUAAGCAGGCCAUGUUUAUGUUGUAUGUUCCUACUGAAAAGUGCCAAAAUAAACUUAACUAUACUCAAAACAGUCAGUAUGCUGACUUAAAAAAAAAGACCCCUUGAUUUCUCAGUGUGCUGUUGAUGAACACUACUUGCUUACAAUGCAAUGCACAAAGGAAAUGGAGGAGCUGCGCAUAGCUGGAAAAAAACAAACAGAAAAAACUGUUAUAUGUUCUGCUGUUUCUCUGUGAAGUUUAAUUGGAGGUGCAGUAAUUAUAAAACAGUUAAGUAUGUUGAUUUACCAUAUACUAACUGCAAAGACAGUGUACUAUAAAGAUUAGUAUGUAGUAUAUACUGUAUAGCAGUAGCAUGUAGUAUGAAAUUGGGACAUAGUUUAAGUUUCAUGAAUGAGCUUGUUAGCUAAAUGAAAUAUAUUAUGUAUAAUUUCCCCAAUUAUACAGGAACACAAGAACAAAUUCAAUUGAAUAAACAUAGAUGGAUCUAAUCUUCACUUCACAUUAUCUCAUUUGAAUAAAUUUUUGAGGCCCAGCAAGGUAAAAGUAAAUGUUUGUUUUCCACAAAAAAGGGAAAUAUUUGAGAUAAGAAUUUAAAUUUAAAUGAAUCAUUUAUCAAAAUAGUUGUAUUUUUUUGUCGAUUAAUCGUUUAAUCGAUUAAUCAUAUCAACUCUGCUUGGGAUUGUUUGAGAUUAAAGUUUUAUGACAUGAGCGAACUUGUUCAUUGUGAGAAAUCUAGAAUUUUGGUGUGUGGAGAGAAUGGAACUUUUGCAACUGGUUUCCAUGGCUGCUGUUGCUGUGGUUACAUGUGUGCAUUCUGACAGGGGUCCAUUAGGUCUGAAAGCAGCCUGGAAAACUACAGUGUACUAAAGUUGUGCUGCACUGUGGCCUGGCAUGGGACAGUGCAGUCUUUGUGCAGUGGAAAAGCCAUACCAGUGUCCUGGUUUGACCCCGUAUCUCAGUGAAAAUCAAGCCAUUCCAGUAAAAGGGUGGGAUUCAAAUUUUAGAGUUUUUUUUUUUUUUUUUUUUUUUUUU